AUACAUCCAGUUUCGAAAAACUCCAGAUGGCACGCGGGUACAUAGUCGAAAGAUGGCCGAGUCGCCGGGUCGCUCUUGAAACUCCUGCGAGUGUCGCGAGUUCGCGAUAAAACGGAUCUCUCUCCAAGGCACGAGUGGACAGCCGGGACGUGUAUAUAGCUGGUAAACAAGUGGUUUCGACGGAUGAUACGAGAUAAUAUGGCUGUCGCCGGGAAGUUUCGCCAACGACUCGCGGCAGCUCGCCUGGUCGUCGGUGUUAUCGUCGUGGCACUAGCGCUGCUGGGCGCACCCACUGCGCGUGCGCGAGACGACGUAGAGCCAAUCGCCGAGGAGGAGACGCCAGCGCGGGAAAAUUUGAAUUCCGUAAACAGAGAGCUCUUCAAAAGGCUGUUCGUAAAGCGAAGAAAGGAGCACUUAGAGGCGGUGAGGAACCUGCGGCAAAUGGACAGCUACGAGAGACAAUACAAGAUGAUUAAUGUCCUGGCGGAUAAAAUGUUCGACUUGAUAGAGUCGAAAAAGCCGCUGCUGGAGAACUUCACCGAGGCCGACCUGAGGAGCGUCUCCUUUGCCGUCGACGCCAAGAACGACGUCCAAGACGCCAUAUCGAGUGUCCUGGAGAACGUCGCGCUGUUCGGCGACGUGGUCCUGAAUCUCCCUGACAUAACCCAGCGUAUCCUGAAAACACAACCUAGAUGGAACGCGACGAUGCGCUGGUCCUUCGACUUCCUCAACCGGACCAAAGACCUCCUCGACAAGUCCACCUUGGAGAUGAUCGAACUGGCGCUUCAGGAGCUCAACAUCACCGACAGAAGCCCCAAUUACUUCAAUCCCAAUCGUAUCGGUAACAAACCCUCCAGAAGCAGCAACAAAGAGCCUAAGUUGGCGACCAAGAAGGAGAAGGGGAAAAAGGGCCCUACCAUGACUCGCAUCGAGUUGUGAUAUCUGUGCAUACUUUUCGAUGUAAUUAUAAUAAAAGCCAGUUUAAAUUUA